AUGCAGGCUCCCCAUUGGACGGGCGGAGGCUCCGCCGCCGCCGCCACUGGGCGGAGAAGCGCGGAGCGCAGCAGAGCGCAGGAGGGCAUGGGCGGAGCGGGCCCGGGGGGAACGAGCCCAAUGGGGGGAGGAAAUAUGAGCGCAUUGGGUGGGGGGGCAAUGGGGGGGGCAGUUGGGGGAGCAACUCCGCCCAGGGACGCGCGGGUGCCUUCCGCGGGCUCGGGGGGAGCGCAGGCGAAGGCGCAGCAGGACGAGGGCCUGGGGAGAGGCGCGUACCCCGCCUCGCGCGACUACUACCCCUCGCAAGGCGUCCCCACGCCGCAUGGCACAGCCUCGGGCGCAGCUUCGGAAACCUGGCGCCAAGCCAGCGAGGCAGGCUCGGCGGUACCUCCGUGGGAGGUGCUGGGGGGGAUGAAGGAGGAGGAGUGGGCGGCGUUCAAGGCGUGGGUGGAGUCCACGUGGCGAUGCCGGCGCUGUGGCAGCCCCAGGGACGAUUUCACCGACCAUCCUGUAGCCAUGGCCCUGCUGCAGCGCUGCGGUAUCACCCCCCCCAGCAGCGCCGGCCAACCCACCUCCUCCCCUCUCCACUCGGACGGCAGCGGAAGGUUCUCCGCACCUUCCUGGCAGCAGCAGCAGAGAGGAGGGGAUGUGCAGAGGGGGGCUGUGGACGCGCGCAGUCACGGGGGCGGGUCUCCCCUGAACCCGUCCUCCAAGCGCCACUCCUUAGACGCUUCCCCCCUCGCCUCCACCACCACCGCCAGCACCUUCACCGCCGGACUAGGCCCGGACGCGUGCCCGCACCUGCGAGGCAGCAGCGGGGGGGACGGGGAGGGCAGCGGGGAGAACAGCGGGAGGCUCGCCCCCGGGGGCGGGGGAGACUACCAGGGGCAGGGGAACAGAAGCUUCGACGAAAGCGCCCUGCAGGAGGUGCGCGCGCGGCUGGAGAUGGGGGGGGUGGGCGGAGGCGGGGGAAGAGGCGGAGGGGGGCCCGGGGGCGGAGGCGGGCUGGCGCGGACAAUGAGCAACACGGAGGUGCUGCAGAGGAAGCUGUUAGCGGCGAUCACGCGCGCACACCAGGUGUAUUUUAUUGACAAGGAGCCGAACGGCAGCCUGGUGUUUGACUACCUGCUGUCCGCCCUGCUGGAGGUCACCGAGUCCAUGUUUGGAUUCAUCUCGUCCGCGCUGCUCAAGGCCGAUGGCACACCGUACCUCAAGACGCACGCGAUGACAAACGUGGCGUGGAGCAAGGAGCUGAGGGCGUGGUACGCGGCCAACAGCCACAAGGGGCUUGUCUUCACCAACCUCAACACGCUGCACGGCACCGUGGUGCUCACGGGCCAACAGGUGCUAACAAACGAUGCUCGCAACGACCCUAGGUCCAGGGGCGUGCCACCAGGCCACCCCAUAAUAGACAAGUUCAUGGGUAUCCCUCUCUACACCGGCACCGAGCUCAUCGGCGUCUUUGCCGUCGCCAACCGGGCGGCGGGGUAUGACGAGCAGCUGGUGAAGGAGAUCGAGCCGCUCACCAUGACCAUUGCCCAGAUGAUCUAUGCGGUCAAUGAGAGGAAGAGGCGGAAGGAGGCGGAGCUGCACCUGUCGAGCGUUGUGCAGGUUGCGAAGGAGGGAAUAAUGUCCCUAGCGCACAGCGGGCAUGUGACCUCCAUGAACCUGUCGGCGCGGCAGAUGUUUGGCUUUGCCCAGCCGGGGGACGCGCCCCUGCCGGGCAGCAUGCGCGAGGGCGUGGCGGCCCCGGCCAACCUGCAGCUGAAGGACCUGCUGGUGGAGAUAGACGGUCAUCGCGACAUGCUGACGGCUGGAGGCCUAGACCACGCGUCAGGGCAGGUGCACAAGGGCACGGGGUUCCGCACGGACGGCAGCACGUUCCCCCUCGAGAUCUCCCUGUCCAAGGGCAACUACGAUACCGUCUUCUACGUGGCUGUGUUGCGAGAUAUCUCCGAGAGGCUUGAGGCGGAGAAGAAGCUCAAGGAGAGCGAGGAGCGGUGGCUGUAUGCCCUGUCGGGCAGCGAUGAUGGCGUGUGGGACUGGAACGUGCGCGACAACACCAUGUUCUUCUCCGACCGGUGGAAGCAGAUGCUCGGCUACGAGCCUGGAGACAUAGGCUCAACACUGGACGACUGGGAACGCCUUUUGCACCCCGAAGACAAGGACCGCGCGUACGCGGACCUGAAGGAGCAUCUGGACGGCGUGACAGCACAGUUUGUGAACGAGCAGCGGCUGCGCUGCAAGGACGGGUCGUGGCGCUGGUUCCUGCACCGCGGCAAGCUGCUCUCCAAGACCGAUGAUGGCGAGCCGCUGCGCUUCGUGGGCACACACACAGAUAUCACGGAUAGGAAGGUGGCGGAGCAGGCCAUGAUGGAUGCUAAAGAAGAGGCUGAGAGGGUGUCCCGCGCCAAAGCAGGUUUCCCGCUGCUUCCCUCCCUCUCUUGUUCAGAUUUCCUUGCGACCAUGAGCCAUGAGAUCCGAACCCCCAUGAACGGCGUGGUGGGCAUGACAGCCCUUCUACUCGACACCGACUUGACCCCCGAGCAGCGCGACCGAGUGGUCACGAUCCGGGACUCGGGCGACAUGCUGUUGCAGAUCAUCAACGACAUCCUCGACUACUCCAAGAUCGAGUCGGGCAAGCUCGACAUGGAGCAAACGCUCUUCAACGUCGUUCAAGCCGUGGAGCGCGUGGCAGAGCUGCUCAUCCACAACGCCGAGUCCAAGGGGCUUGACAUCGUGAUAGAGAUCGAGCCGGAUACUCCUGUGUUCCUGGUGGGCGACGCGGGGCGCACGCUGCAGGUGCUGAUUAAUCUUGUGUCGAACGCGAUAAAGUUCACGGAGAAGGGGUAUGUGAAGUUCCGGUUAGAGGCAGAGAUCGGCGCGCCGUGCCUGCUGCAACUCCCCUCCUCCGCCUCCGCCUCUUCCGCUGCUGUUGCUGCUGCUGCUUCUGGUUCUGGUGCCUCUGGUGCUGCGGCAGCUGGGGGAGCGUCUGGGUCGCCUGUAAUAGCCUCUGCUGGUGGAGCCAGUGGCAAGGACAGUCCCGCGCACGGGGCAUCAGGGAGCAUAGGGGCGGCCAUGCUGGCAGCGCAGCAGGAGGCAGCAGCGGCGCAGGAGGCGGGCGUGCUGUACUGGGUGUGCCACGUCAGCGACACGGGGAUUGGUAUUCCCAAGGAGCGCAUCGGCCGCCUCUUCACCAAGUUCUCGCAGGUGGACGCAUCCACAACACGGAGGUUCGGAGGCACAGGACUCGGUCUGGCGAUAUCAAAGCAGCUGGUGGAGCUGAUGGGGGGGCGCAUAUCAGUGCACAGCGAGUUCCGCCGGGGCUCCACCUUCACAGUGCGCCUGCCCGUCAACACCCACCACCCCGCCUACGCCGCCGUCGCUGCGCUCAACCCGCCGCUCCUCCCCACGCCCUCCACGCCCUCCGCCGCCCACUCCUCCUCCCACUCCGCGUCGCUGCUCUCCCCCGAGUCCCCUGCUGCAGCCGGCACGCCCUCCAAGGCGCCGCCCUCGUCGUCGGGCCCACUGCCCGUGCCGCUGGUGGUGCCCCCCGAGUUUCAGUCUAUUCGCGUGCUGCUAGUCAGUCCUCUUGAGGUGACAGUGAUCCCCAUGCAGAAGCAGCUGGAGGCAUGGAAGGUGCCGCAUGCUUGCCUCACCUGCACGCCAGAGGAGGCCUUCCUUAAGCGCCUCCCGGCCGGCACUCUGCCGCCCGCGCCCCCCCUUCCACAAGGCCAACCCGCGCCCGCCACGUGGCGCGACGGGUCGGCGCGCAAGGGGCUGGCGGAGGAUUACGAUUUGAUCAUCAUUGACUUUUCCAGCAAGCCACAACUGAUCGACCCCAUGUCCUCUGCGGUAUUGGAGAUGCUGGGGCGGGAGCGCCUGGGGGUGGUGGUGCUGCUGAAGCGGUCGCAGGUGUCAGAGAAGACAGAGGGCGAGCUCAAGGCCGUGCGCUACUGGCGCGACCGCUGCCCCGCCAUGCUCAAUAAACCCAUGGUGCGCCCCAAGGCACUGCUCGAGGCGAUGGAAUCGGCCAUGCAGAGCACACCGGGCGGCGACGGGCUGUUCCUGUCGUCAGGGCGGCACCGGCAGCAGCCGCGGCCCGCUGCACGGAGCAUGGGGCCGAAACUGAGCGGGCGCAUCCUGCUGGCCGAAGACAACCUGAUCAACCAGAAGGUGGCCAAGUCCAUGCUGGCGCAGCUGGGCGUGAGCAUAGACAUCGCCAACAAUGGCGUGGAGGCCGUCAGCCUCUUCCAAAAGAACAAAUACAACCUCAUCCUCAUGGACUGCCAGAUGCCGGAGAUGGAUGGGUGGGCAGCGAGUCGCAAGAUCAGGGAGCUGGAGGCACAGCAGGCUCAGCCCAACGUCACCAUCGUCGCUCUUGUAAGCCCCUCCCCUUCCCCCCCCGCCCCCCUCCUCCCCCUCUCCCCCUCCCACCUGCUCCCUUCCCUCCCCCCGUCUCUCUCCCCUUCCCUCACUUCCUCGCCUCCCGCCCUUCCUCCCCUUGCUUGCCCCUCUCCUUGCUCUCUAUGA